AGGUGUGUAAAUACUAGAGCGAAGACCUUAGACCCCAGCCAAGCAAGCUGCAAGAUAAAAUUUCAAAUUCCAGAAAUACCCUCCACCCGCCCACACGCUACACCAUUACCCGUUUUGUUCUUUCCCCUUCUUCCUCACAGGUUUCACUUGCAUGAGACUCCAUUUCCCUUCUCUCUCUCCCUCGCCGAAGCAUCUCAACUCCAAUCAUCGCCCAGAUAUUGGCAAAGUUCAGAGCCCAGAAAAAAUGGUUUCGAACUCGGACAUCCUGACCCGGCUCACAGAAAUCCUCAGCACUUCAGACCUCGACACGGCCACCGCCGGCAGCGUUCGCCGUCAACUGGAAAACGAUUUCGGAGUUGAUUUAUCGGACCGGAAAAAGUUUAUCCGGGACCAAAUCGACAUUUUCCUCGAGACCCACAGGGCAGAACCCCAAGACGAAGAAGAAGCAGAGGGGGAGGAGGUCGGUGAAGGGUCGGAGAAUGCAGAAGAAGAAGAAGAUGGAGAUGAAGAAGGAGAGGAAGAGAAUAAAGGCAAAAAUAAAAGGAGAAAAACGGUGGAUAAAGGAGUUGUCAAAAGAGGUGGCUUCAACAAAAUAUGUAGCUUGUCUCCACAGCUUCAAGAAUUUGUUGGAGAGCCUGAAAUGGCCAGGACAGAGGUAGUGAAGAGAAUUUGGGCCUAUAUCCGUGAAAAGGAUUUGCAGGACCCAAAAAAUAGGCGGAAUAUAAGAUGUGAUGAAUCACUACAUUCCCUUUUCCGUGUUAACUCUAUUAAUAUGUUUCAAAUGAAUAAAGUUCUCUCCAAGCAUAUAUGGCCGCUUAGCAGAGAAGAUGAACCUGUAAAGCAAAAGAAGAAAGGGGAAGAAAGUGAUCAUUCUGUCUCUGAAGGAGAUGUAAAUAAUGUAGCACAAGAGGAAGAAGAGGUGGAAGAAGAAGAAGAGGAGGAGGAAGAAAAAGUUAGUAAACAAAAAGAAAGCAAGAAACGAAGUAGGGCUGCAAAAGUGGAUAAAGAAGUCAAGAAAAGGGGAGGAGGUGGCUUUACCAAAUUAUGCAGCCUUUCUCCAGAACUUCAAAAGUUCAUGGGAGUGCCAGAAUUGGCCAGAACAGAGGUUGUGAAGAAACUUUGGAGUUAUAUCCGGGAGAACAAUUUGCAAGAUCCAAAUAAUAAACGAGAGAUAAUAUGUGAUGAGUCAUUGCGUGCCCUUUUUGAUGUUGAUUCUAUCAAUAUGUUUCAAAUGAAUAAAGCUCUGUCCAAGCACAUAUUGCCCUUAAAUGGAGAAGCAGCUCCAGAUAACGCUUCACGAAAGGAUAAGCAGUCUGAACAGGAGCAUGAAGAAGUGCCCGGGGAUCAUUCAGGUAAAAUUGGCCCAUUUUCCAGUUACUUGAAGUUCAAUGGGAUAGGCAUACCUGGGGGAAGAUGUUACGUUUGAUGGAUCCCUCUGAUAAGUGGAGAAUGAUGUGUGAUGAUAAGCUAAAAGAAAUUUCUGAGGUCGACCCCUUCAAUGGCUUCUCAGUCCCAAAGCGUCUGACCGCUCAUUUCAUCAAGACAGGACAGAAUGAUGCCGAAGUGUAAAUAGUUUUAGCCCAAUUAAAAGAGGGCAUUUUUGCACUAGCCAUUGUCCUUUCCAAAGUUUUGUACUUUUUAUGCUCGUAACAUCUCCAAGAAAUGGAAAUAGAAAUUUUGAGAAACUUGAUCGUGCUACCAAUGCCCCCCUCACAGUUUUCUUCUGCAUA